ACCGUCCGCUCGACCCGCCGUCACGCCAACACAUCUCUCGCCCACUUGCCAGCGGUCCAACUUGUCGGACGGUCGCACACACACCGCCCCCAGACGUCCCGACACAUCUUCCGACGUCUCUACGCGCAUUCCGUCGUGAAACCCGAAACCGACGCUGGUGUCGAGUGUCCUCUCCCGCUCUGAAAUAGUAUGACCGCCAAAAACAAACGACCGUCGGAACCACGUAGAGCCAACAAACCCCUGAUGGAGAAGAGAAGACGAGCACGCAUCAACCAGAGCCUGGCAGCUCUCAAGACCCUCAUCCUGGACAGCGCGAAGGCUGAGAAGACCAAACAUUCCAAGCUGGAGAAGGCUGAUAUCCUGGAACUAACAGUGCGUCACUUCCAAAGACACAGGAGUCUUGACGUCAAAGGUGUCAACCAGUACAAAGCUGGCUAUUCGGAUUGCGUACGUGAAGUUCAGAGGUAUCUAGAAACACCAGACGUCCAAACCAUGACCAUUAUAGACCCUGGUAUCCGACAAAGGCUGUUGAGACAUCUCGAGAGUUGUGUUACUGAAGUAGACAUGGAUCUUCGACCACCAAACCCAGCGUUGGAAGAGCGGUUACAAGGUCCUGAAGAGAACAACAACGAGAACGAAGCCACCAUUAACCCUGUACAAAAACACCAUACAGUCAAAGAGGAAAAACUGAAGACAGAUGGCAAUUACGUUCUACUUCUUCCUGAGCAUUACCUACAACUGGCGAACGCCUUGGGUGUCAACAUAAAACACCAAGAAGAUCUCUCGACACCUUCUGUAUCUCAUCCGCAGUUGAAUGAAGUGCCACGGAAAGAACCAAGUGAGAAUAUAGUUAAAAAUGUGGAGAAUAUGUGGAGGCCUUGGUAAAUUGGAUGUAUUUGUUUAUAAUUGUUAAUUUGUUGAUAGUUUUUUUAGACAAUCUCACGUUGUAUAUUGAUGAAAAUAUGUUGAUACUUAAUUACCUGAGUGUGAUGAUCGAUUGAUGAAUAUAACUUUUUCAUUAUA